AUGACGAAUUUCAAUAUUGAGAUCGUUAGUGAUACCGUUUGUCCAUGGUGCUAUGUUGGCAAACAGAAGAUGGAUAAAGCCAUCAAUGCGUAUAAAGAACUGCAUCCGGAAUCAAAUGAUACCUUUGCAACCACAUGGAAACCGUACUACUUAGCACCCGACUCACCUAAAAAAGGUAUCGACAAGAAUGCAUGGUACAAAGAAAAGUUUGGAGAAGAGCGUGUUGCGAUGAUGCAAGAACGACUCCUUCAGAUAGGGAAAGAUGCUGGCAUCAACUUCAAGUUUGGUGGCAAAACAGGAAAUACACGAGACUCCCACCGACUAAUUCAACUCGGCAAAUCUAAAUCACCUGCUUCGCAAACCGCCGUUAUCUCCGCCCUCUUCAAUGCCUACUUUGAGAGCGAAGGCGAUAUCACUGAUCACUCCGUUCUCCGAGCUGCGGGUAUCAAGGCUGGUCUCCCAGAGAAGGAAGUCAAUGAGUGGUUGAAGAGCGACAAGGGUGGCGAGGAAGUCGAUAUCGAGGUUGAGGAAGCGAGACGGCUGGGUAUCAGUGGUGUGCCAAAUUUCACCAUCAAUGGCAAAUAUGAAAUUGGUGGUGCGCAGGACCCUUCGGUGUUUUUAAGGCUCUUUGAAAAGAUUAAAGCUGGUGAAGGAGCGGGGAGGGUUGCGAACGGGGAUGGGUGUUAG